AUGCCUUCCUCACCCACAGUGAUCUUCAUGGUCAUCUUUCUCCUGGAGUCAUUGGCUGCAAUGCUGCAGAAUGGCUUCGUGGUCACCAUACUGGGCAGGGAGUGGAUGCGGUGCCGGGCACUGCCCGCAGCUGACAUGAUUGUUUCCUGCCUCGCCGCCUCCCGGUUCUGCCUGCAUGGGAUAACUGUCCUGAACAGCUUUCUGGUCUCCUUUUAUGUGGGUUGCAUGAUUUACUAUUUCAGCAUCCUCUGGACAUUUAUCAACACUAUGACUUGCUGGCUUACUGCCUGGCUUGCUGUCUUCUACUGUGUGAAGAUCUCAUCCUUUUCCCAUCCUAUCUUCGUCUGGCUGAAGUGGAGGAUUUCUCGGUUGGUGCCCAGGCUGCUGCUGGGCUCUCUGGUGAUCUGUGGCCUGUCAACCAUCUCAUCAGCCAUUGGGAAUACAAGUUAUGUUCGGACAACUUCCUGCCAGAGUUCCCUCAGAAACAGCACCCUGGUUUCUAGGUUACAGGCCUUCCAUGUGCAUCAUUUCUUCCCUCAGCUGGUGCUUAUAUUUUCAUUUCCGUUCCUCCUGUUUGUGGUGUCCACUGUCUUGCUCAUGUUCUCACUGUGCCGGUACCUGAGGCAGAUGACCAACUGCAGGGCCGGCCCUUGGGAUCCCAGCACCCAGGCUCACACCAAGGCUCUAAAAUCACUUACUUUCUUACUCAUCUUCCAUACCUGGCAUUUCCUGUCCACGGUGAUUUCUAUUAGGAAAUUCGUAGUCUCCCAGGAUCACUGGCACUUGGCCCAGGAAGUGAUGAUCUAUGCGGGCAUCUCUCUGCACUCCACGAUCCUGGUGCUCAGCAGCCCCAAGCUGAGAAAGGCCCUGAAGAUGAAGCCUGAGGAUGCUGCUAGCCCCUGA